GGGAGCGGUAGGUGGAGCAGUAGAAGCACGGGAGAGCCGCAUCUGUUGACUUGCAUCUUUGCAUCUUCUGGAGACUGAGCCGCAUACACCGAAAUCAUGGCCAACAGCACUGCCGCCAUACACCCGAGCAAUCUCCCAUGGCACCCGGAGGCGAUCCCUCUCCCCCGCGUCUCCCUGCAGGUCCAGGAGGUCUACCCUUUCCACGACGGCUGGAACGUGGCCUGCUUCAUCAUCCUGCUGCUCUUCAUCCUCACCGUCGUGUCUCUGGCCGCCCUGGCCGUGCUCUAUGAGCUGCUGGACUGCGGGUGCUGCGCCAAAGGGAAGACACACCACCAGCUACAGGAGGAGGGACAGGGAGGCUGCGGCAAGCUCAUGACCAGCAUUUGCAAGGAGCCCGAAUCCCACACUGAGGUGGUGUAGUGGGGCGGCGGGGACGAAGAUGAGGAAGAGUAGGAAUUCAGGUUUCUGAACUGGGCCAAUACCCCAGCGGUGACCC